AUGGGUGACAUAUACCCCUCGCUCUUGCAAUGCGCGAUAGUGGCCGCUGCAUUCAAAGUCCUCCUUUUCCCGGCCUACAGAUCGACCGACUUCGAAGUCCAUCGCAACUGGCUUGCCAUCACCCAUAGCUUGCCGCUGUGGGAGUGGUACUACGAAAAGACAUCAGAAUGGACUCUCGACUACCCGCCCUUCUUUGCCUACUUCGAAUGGGUUCUGUCGCACGUCGCAAGGCUGGCCGACCCGGCCAUGCUCAAGGUGUACAAUCUCGAGUACGAUAGCUGGCAGACAAUAUACUUUCAGAGGCUUACCGUCAUCAUCAUGGAGCUCCUCUUAGUCUACGCGCUUCAGAUGUUCGUGGACUCGGCGCAAGGGGCAUCCAAACGGGCUGCACAAGCGGCUGCCAUCUCCAUCCUGCUCUCGCCAGGCCUGCUCAUCAUUGACCACAUCCAUUUCCAGUACAAUGGCUGCAUGUACGGCAUACUCAUCGCGUCACUGGUUCUCGCGCGGCAAAAGUCGUCGCUACUGCUGAGCGGCCUCGUGUUUGCCGCGCUGCUGUGCAUGAAGCACAUCUAUUUGUACCUCGCCCCGGCCUACUUCGUCUUUCUCCUCAGGGCCUACUGUCUCUCGCCGAAGUCGAUCUUCCGGAUCCAGUUUCUCAAUUGCUUGAAGCUGGGUGGCGGGAUCGCGGCCAUCUUGGGCACAGCCUUUGGUCCAUUCGCGCUGAAGGGCCAGAUACCGCAAAUAAUGAGCCGCCUCUUUCCCUUUUCGCGCGGGCUCUGUCAUGCCUACUGGGCUCCCAACGUUUGGGCCAUGUACUCCUUUGUGGACCGUGUCUUGAUUCUCGUGGCGCCGAGGAUCGGUCUGCCAGUGAAGGAGGGAGCAUUGCAGAGCGUGACGCGCGGCCUCGUCGGGGACACUGCCUUUGCGGUGCUCCCAGACAUCACGCCGCGUAUGUGCUUUGCCUUGACGCUGGUUUUCCAGGCCAUUCCGCUGCUUAAGCUCUUCUUCCAGCCGACGUGGGACAACUUUAUCGGGACCGUCACGCUUUGUGGAUUCGCCUCGUUCCUGUUUGGCUGGCACGUUCACGAAAAGGCGGUUCUCCUGGUCAUCAUCCCCUUCAGCCUCAUCGCUCUCAAGGACCGGCGACAUCUGAGCGCAUUCCGACCUCUUGCGGUAGCAGGCCACGUGUCGCUGUUCCCCCUGUUGUUUACUCCGGCAGAGUUUCCCAUCAAGACGGUCUACACGGUGUUGUGGCUGAUUUUAUUUCUUAUGGUCUUCGACCGCCUGGCGCCCGCAUCGAGCCGGGCCCGAUUCUUUCUGUUCGAUCGCUUCAGCACGCUCUACAUCACCGUCAGUAUUCCGCUCAUCGUGUACUGCUCGCUGAUGCAUGGAGUUGUAUUUGGAAAGAGCUACGAGUUCCUGCCGUUGAUGUUUACUAGCUCGUACUCGGCAAUAGGGGUAGUCGGCAGCUGGGUGGGUUUCAUGGUCGUUUAUUUCACAUCAUAG